AUGUCCGUACCCUCCUGGACAAUCGUCAGACCAUACAAUAACCCGGAAGACAGUGUCAUCGGACCCGACAAGAUGUACUCUGAAUUGAAGGAGAAUGAUAUUUACUUUGCGUUCUAUUUCGACGUUUACGAGAAGACCAAUGCCGCUACGGAUGAUUUUCAUACAGGUAAAGAACCUUAUUAUACUUUAUCUUGCUGGAUCCAAAGGAAAGAAGGUGAAGAUACACCUUCCCACUAUGUCCUAUCGGCACAGUCACCAUGGGUAUCAGGUGAUUUCGGAGAUAAUUUGGAACUGAUCUGUCCCAAGUCGGAAUACAAAUGUAAUAGAGAUAAAUGUGAAGGGGAAUAUGCUUUGCCCACUGAUGAUAUCAAUACGACAGAAGUUUCCCGUACGACCAUAUGGUGGAUAUCGAAAGAGAAAGGGCUGUGUUCAUAA